GGACGUCCGGCCAAACGUUCUCCGCCCGCCGCCGCAUAUCUAUCGGGACUGCAGCGCUUUUCCGUUUCAUUUCAUCUCAGCGUCACUAUACGCUUACUAACUAAUCGUAAUAUUAAAACAAAUACGUUUCCGAAUCACUUCCACGACUGGUCAUUUGAUUUUUGUUGUCGGUGAAACUGGAACAUAUUCUGGCCGCCGCCCCUGGUUGGUAUGUAAAACGACCACACCGCUGUCCGUAGAAAAAUCACACGCACGGCGCCAAAAUUAAAAUCGAAAAAGAGAAAAUAUCGAAAACGAGAUGAACCAACGGUGUAAGGUAUGCGAGGAACCGGCGGCCGGCUUUCAUUUUGGAGCUUUUACGUGUGAAGGGUGUAAGUCAUUUUUCGGCCGGGCACACACCAACCCCGCGACGGUGGUUUCAGCCAAGUGCAAAUCGGGCGGUGGCCGGUGCGUAAUCGACAAGAAGAACCGGACGUCGUGCAAGGCAUGCCGAUUGAAGAAGUGUCUGGCCGUGGGCAUGUCAAAGAACGGUUCAAGAUACGGCCGUCGAUCCAACUGGUUCAAGGUCCACUAUCUGCUCCGUGAACGGCAACUUUUACCCGGCAACGACGACAAGGACCACUACGAUAAGGGUAAAGUCGGCACUCCAACAUCGCAGUUGCCACGGAAACAUCACCCACGUAUCGCGCUGCUCUCGUUACCGGUACCGUUGCAGCGAUGGGCACCGCCAUUCUUCCAAUUUUUCGAUUUCGCGCCGAACGGUCGAUCUCCGUUACCGCGGUCCGAGUUGUCGGCCUUCCGCGAGACCACCGUCUUCAAAUCCGUAGACGAAGAUGACCGACCUAUAGAUCUCACCGUUCGUCAGUCGGCCAACAACGACGACGACGAUUAUAACAACGAGACAACCACCUGGAAGAUAGCCAAGUUACGAUUGCUGCAACAGAGCAAAAUAUCCGAAAAACCUCUCGACCUAUGCGUUGGGAACAUUGACCACCGGAACUUAGAGGUGGGUAAAGUCCGACGACGCAACUACGUGUAAUAGUCCACAAAUGUACAAUGACAAUGCUGCAUCUGAGACACGGUACAACCGGGACUUGAGAAAAACUAAUUACCGAUCUCGGACGUACCCAAAAAAAUAUAAACAAACGGCAUUCUCCCACCGAUAUACCUUGCCGUUCAACAGUUAUCACCGCUAGAUUAAGAAUCGGCCACACCAAUCUCACCCUGCAUAUUCAUCCGAUGAAUCACGAAGUAAAACCAAACUGCGGCUAAUUGCGACGAACUUAUUAUUUAACAGUGCUUGAAAUUCUCCUACGCGUCACUGAGACAAUCUUAUAAAAGAACCCUCUGGAAAACAACUCUAAGAACAAAGUACCCUCUUUGUACGUGAUGAAUUUUUGAAACCGCGGUAUUGUUACCAAAAUAAAUAAUAUUACGAUGUUAAAAAUAUACAUUCGACGUAAUAUAAUAAGUUAGGUUAUAAAUUAAUU